GGUCCACUUGACGCGGACGAGAGCUCGGAGGGGGAGAAAAAAAAAAGGAAAAAAAAAACGCGAAGAAAAAAAGGCACAUCUGAGGGUUUGAGGGGCGGAUUUUGGACAAAGUUUCCCAACUGUCCCGACCCGAGGAACCCGGGGGGGUCGACGGGGGAUCGAUUCCACCGAAAUAAUGGACGAUUCCCAUUUCAACUCAUCAUACUUUUGGUCUCCCGUCCCCACUGUACAAGGACAGAUCGAGAACGCCAUGUUCCUGAACAAGGCGAAGGAGCAGCUGGGCCAAGAGAAGUCCAACGUGCCCUUCUCCCACUCGUCCGCAUCCUCCACCUCCUCACCCCACUACCCCACAGCUGUGCUCGCCAUCCCCGGCUCGGUGGACGUGGGCGCCGGGCUGCGAGUGGUCCCGAAACAGGAAGGAAGUGGGGGCGGCGGCGGACCUUUAAGCGGGAGUCACCUGCACCAGUCACACAGCUCCCAGAACGUCACCGUUGUGCCUGUUCCCUCCACAGGCAUCAUGACUGCAGCGGGGUUAGUGAUCACCACCCCUCAAGGCACACUGGUCCCCACUGCCUCCACGCAGUCCUUUGUAGCGGGACACCACACUGCCGCCACCAUGAUAGUGUCUGCAGUGCACCACUCUAACCCAGGGGAAAUAAAUUACCUUUUCCAGCCCCACAGUGAACCAACACAGCUGAGAGCAGACAAGAAGCAGGACCUCGGUUUACCUCCUGCCGUCGUCAUGCCAACGCCGUCGAAGCGAGGCAGGAAGAGCAAACAGAUGAUGAGCAGAGUGGGAGUGGGCGGAGUCCUCCCUCCAGGAAGCGACGCGCUGAUAUUGGCACACUUAGCCGCCGGUGGACAGCACCACACUGCUGAUCCAUAUGACCUGUCAAAUGAUGAGGAUGAUCAUACAAACAAGGACGGACCCAAAUCCUACAGGUGUCGGAUGUGCGCAGUGACGUUCUUCAGCAAGUCCGACAUGCAGAUCCACGCCAAGUCGCACACUGAGGCCAAGCCCCACAAGUGUCCCCACUGCUCCAAGUCGUUUGCCAACUCCAGCUACCUGUCCCAGCACAUCCGCAUCCACAGCGGGGCCAAGCCCUACACCUGCACCUACUGCCAGAAGGCGUUCAGGCAGCUCAGUCACCUACAGCAGCACACACGAAACCACACUGAGGCCAAGCCCCACAAGUGUCCCCACUGCUCCAAGUCGUUUGCCAACUCCAGCUACCUGUCCCAGCACAUCCGCAUCCACACUGGGGCCAAGCCCUACACCUGCUCCUACUGCCAGAAAUCAUUCAGGCAGCUCAGUCACCUACAGCAGCACACACGGAUUCACACCGGUGAUCGGCCGUACAAGUGUAGCCAUCCCGGCUGUGAAAAGGCGUUCACUCAGCUGUCCAACCUACAGUCUCACCGUCGGCAGCACAACAAAGACAAACCGUUCAAGUGCCACAACUGUAACCGUGGUUACACGGAUGCCGCCAGCCUGGAAGUCCACCUGUCCACACACACUGUCAAACACGCCAAGCUGUUCUCCUGUGGCCUCUGUAACCGAUCCUAUACCUCGGAGACGUAUCUAAUGAAACACAUGAGGAAGCACAACCCCGACCCGCUCACAGUGGCAGCAACCGUGGCUGCUCAGCAGGCCCAGGGCCUCACGCCAGGCAGGGGCCGAGGCCGUGGCCGAGGAAGAGGCAGAGCGAGCCAGCUCCAAAACCAGAACAACCCAAAUAACAACAACCACAACCCAAACCCGGGCGGCUACCAGCAACCUGGGGAGGCUGUGGUUCCGUGCCCGUUUGACCUGCAUCAAUACAAGACAGUUGCGGCUGGUGAGAUCCAGUACAAGCCGGUCUCCGUGGCAGACCUGCCGGUGGUCCACAAAGACCUUUGCCUCACCGUCUCCACAUCAGCCAUACAGGUGGAGCACAUGAACUCGUAGGCCGCUUCUUCCCACCUCUGUGUGAGGAAUAUUACUUAUUGUCUGCAGUGUAAAAAAGAAAGAAAAAAAAAGGUCCAUAUGAACAAGUAGUUUGACUGUAUUCAAUAUUGUAGCGCUCUUAAAACAAAGGAAACAAAUGGCAAACAGGUUGGACGGUUUUUCCAACCCUGGUUUAAUUGGUGCUUUGCUGAAUUGGAAAAUGUAACAAGACUCAAUUUAGACAAGUUUAAUUGUCUUGGUGCCAUUUUUUUCCUCUUUAAUUUUAAGAAGCUCUAAUGUUGAGUAUAUGAUUAAAUGACUUGUUGGAGAACAGAUAUUUUACAAUUUGUUUCACGAUUCCUGAGCCGACUUAGUGCAAAGUUUCUCUCAGUAGAAAUGCUGGUGUAAGGAGUUCGUUCUUAAGUCUGGAGCAACAUUUGUGCAGAGUACCAAAAUCUAACUUGAGAUUAAUUUAGCCUUUUAUAUAAUUUUGAAUGAGGUGGUAAGAAAAAUCCACAGCAUCAUCAACUUGCUCUGUAAAACAGACUGAACACCUGAUCCCAAACCAGCAGCGCUGCUCUGAGAAUCUGGAUGAAAGAAGCUCACUUGUGUCCCUUCUCUCUUUUUUCUUUUCCUUUUUUUAUUGCAAUGUUUGCAGUAAGCAUCAUCGGAGGAUGAAGAUGUAAAAUAUCUGUAAAAUAGAAAAAUAAAAAAAGAAUUAUAUUAUUCUCUGCACCUUUAUGGUUCAGAGAAUGGUGUAAUUUUUUUUUUGGAACACAUUCAGAUCACAUUAAUCUGAAUAUUCUCCAGUAUUUAGUUCAAGCCAAAACAAGGGAGGGAAAGAAGACAUGGAAUCAAUUAUGGGGGGGCAGAGCGUAAAGAUUCCUAAUAGCAACUGAAGCAGCGAGGCAGUGCUACUGAUUCUGAAAACACGAGGACGGACUAAAGACAAUUUUUGAUUUGGAGCCUGAGAAAAGACCACAAAGGGUCGAGGAGCACAGGAAGAAAAGGAAGAGGCGGAUCGCGGACGAGCUGAAUCUCUUGUGCUCAUCUCACAAAUCGUGAAGUCCUAAUUCACGCCCACCUCCCCUCGACGUGGAGGAGACGAGGAACCAUCUUCGUCGGGGCCCAAAGGGACGGAGCAGUUGGAGAAUGCACUAAAACCUGUGGCAGGCAGAGCGAGACGUAAACACGAGGGGGAGGGAGAGAAGGCGGGGGCGGGAGGGGGGUCACAAAGAAAGCACUUGACGAAGCUUGUACUUCACGCCUAUGUUUGUCAUCAUUGUACUUUUUUUAAAUAUAUCAUGUAUGUAUUUUUCUACCAGCAGGGGAACGUGUGAACGGAAAGAGAGAACGACACGUGAGUGCACGUGAAUGUGAAGGGAACAGGGGGGAAAAAAGUCCCAACUGAGGGUUUUUGUUCCUUUUCUUUUUCUUCUUCUUACUUUUCAUUGGAAGACAGAUUACUAUCCUCCAACUCGUCAUUGUCCGAGUGGUUGUAGGGGGGAAAUAAUGAUUGUGUGAUCCAAAAAAAAAUGGCUGACAGGUACUGUUAUCAAUCUUUUUUCCUUUUUUUUUAAAGACCUUUUCAUACAUAUUAUUACUACUUUAAUUAUAACUGUAUUGCAAAUAUUAUCCACAUUAUUCUCAAAACUGAGGCAUUAUUGUAUUUCAGUAUGCUGUACAUAAAAUAGAUAGAAAAUACUUUUUUUUUCAACUGUAAAAGGGAAGUGUGUCCUGUGUGUAAAAGCAUAUAAGGAAAUUAAAAAUAAAUUCAAAUUGACAAGCACCAAAUCGUUAUUGGCCAUGUCCCAGGUCACCGGUAGAGCUGAUGGCACGUAACAGCCGCGCUCAACAAAAGAAUGAUAAAUUCCAGGUUUGGGCAUUGCCUAAAAGAAAGUUGGUUAAACUAUGGGAAAAAUAUUUGUUCUCACUCUGAAACAUGUGACAACAUUUUGCCACACUCGCCCAGUGCACUUUGUGAUCUUCAUUGUAGCGAUUCAUGUGAACCGAGUGUUUGCAAGUUUCAUCUGUCGGAAUCGUGAACAGUAAACGGUCAUCGGGCUCAUUAGACAAGAAUGUUGUGACACUGGACGGUGAGCAGACCAAUCUUUGACAUCCACAAACCUUAAUCCUAAUGAUCUAUGAAGUAACAUUGAACAAGUUGACCCGGGACACCGCCGCCAUGUUUUUGUGCCCAAGCUUUCUCUAGCGGCCAAUCACAAUGUCCGAACGUCCUUUCUUUCCAUUUGGGGGCUGACGUUUUUCAUAUUUACUCCCCCCUGUAUUUCAUUGUCUUUUUAUGAUAAAAAAAAUCCCAUUCUCAAUAUUCAUGUUAAUGUUAUUACUGAUGAUAAUAAUAAUAAUACAGUCAUUAACUGCCCUCUCAUGCUACACUCUCUUGCAUACUGUAUGCACAGUUACACCUCUUGCUCAUCUGAACAGACUAUUUCUUCCCUUAAGGAGAAUAAAGUUCAAAAACAGUUUAUGAUGAAAUUA